UGUAUCGUGUGCUGCAUGAACAAACAAAACCAACAUGUUAAAACCCCAUUACGCUACUCCACAGGGUACCUCUUCAUUUUCAUACCCGAAGAAAGCUUGCAGUAUUUAAUUAUUAAUCCCAUUCUUUUUUUUGGGGGGGUAGGUGAACGAGACUACGGCCCCCCCAUUGACCUGUGGGGAGGGGGCUGCAUCAUGGCAGAGAUGUGGACCAGAAGUCCCAUAAUGCAAGGCAACACUGAGCAGCACCAGCUCACUCUCAUCAGCCAGCUCUGUGGCUCCAUCACUGCUGAGGUGUGGCCUGGUGUGGAUAAGAAGUAUGAGCUUUACCAGAAAAUGGAGCUGCCUAAAGGCCAAAAGAGGAAAGUGAAGGAUCGUCUCAAAGCCUAUGUGAAAGACCCGUACGCCCUGGAUCUGAUAGAUAAACUCCUGGUCCUGGACCCGGCACAGCGCAUAGACAGCGACGACGCGCUCAACCAUGACUUCUUCUGGUCCGACCCCAUGCCGUCAGACCUGAAGAACAUGCUCUCCACCCACAAUACCUCCAUGUUUGAAUACCUGGCCCCGCCCAGACGGAGAGGCCACAUGCCACAGCAGCAGCCCAAUCAGAACAGAAACCCAGCCACCACCAGUCAGACGGAGUUUGAUCGAGUGUUUUAGUGGCUGAAGAGGUUUACGGACAAGUAGUUUACCUUGUUGGACUUUUUGUUGAGUAACAAAUGACAGCCGGCCUAAUGUUGAAGGUGGGUACGCAUUCCUUUUUUGUUUGAGGAUUGGCGGACAUUACCUGGAGCUCUCUACAGUUUCAUAUGAUCACUGUUGGUUUGACCAGGUACAGGACUGUAAUUUCCAAAGUUAUUCGGAGCCCUUUGCAAGCCAAGUUAUUAUCUUCUGACUUAGUGCUUUUUCUCCAGCUAGAGAUGAAGAGUCAGUGUUCAGCUCUGUAUAAACGGCUUUGCUAUGUUCACAUUAGUUUUAAUUGUGAUUGCAAGUUUGGGAAUGAGUCUGGCAUUUUAGUUUUUUGACAGUUUUACACUUGUUUUAUCAUUGUUUUGUAUAAAAUAGCUCUCUCUAAAGCCUGUGCAGUAUUUUGAGGUUAUUUAUAAUAAGAAAGCGAGAAUGUCUUUAUUUAAACUAUUUUAGAAGGACACCACAAACAUUUCUGAACACAUGUCCAGCAGCGACAUACCUCAAAUAAAAUGUUUUUUUUCCUCUAUAAAUAUGACUUUUUGUGUGACCUGAAGAGUUCUUAGAGGUUACACUCACACACUGGAAAAAGUACAUUUUGUGUGAGCUGGUGUUCCUGAAUCUUUGUUUAAAACCAAACAACAACAUGAAGUUGGACAGCAGCCUGGGCUUUGUCUGCCCUGUUUAGAAAGUCAAGGGGGCCAAGACUCACUAAAGCUUGUUUCAGAGUUGGUGAUGUUAGAAAAAGGUAAAUGUGUUAGAAUGAGGAAGAAUGUUUUUAUAUCUUGAUAAACUUUCAUAUGGACACUCAAAAAUACCCUUAAAACUAAACCUUAAUGAUGCUAGGGAUGAGAAGUUGUUACAAAAUGCAGUAGUAACAAAUCCAUCAUAUAUAUCACUGACAUGGUCCACUCUGCAUGAUAAGUAUGUUAAAGUUAGAUAUUUUGAUAUUUAAAGUACAUUUUUCUGACGAUAGUUACAUACUUGUAACAAGUUUUCACUGGUAACGCCAGCAGCAACUUCAAACCAGCUGCAGUUAUGACCGACUGCAUGACACAUUGCCUCCAGUAGGUGGCAGCAUCAGAUUACUGUAUCAUUUAAUAGCGGCUCCACAUAUUUUGUAUACUGCUACUGAACCCUUGGCAAUCUUUAUUACUCUAGCUUUAGCCAUAAAUGACCAAAAGAGCCUUUACACCAUGGCUCUUCCAUGUUUGCUGGAAUGGCAAAUGCUAAAAACAUUUUUAGGUUCCUGUGCUUGUCUCCAUAGAAGACCCCUUUCUGGACGUUCCAACUGCAACCCUGAGUCUUCUAAUUCAAACCUACUAAAUGGGUUGCAUCUAGAACCUUCUGAGGGUCCAGGUAAGAACCUUACUUGGACCAGCAACUUAAUUGUGAAAUUUGAGCUUUACCUGAACUAUUUUUUGGUUUUACAAUAAAAGAUUUAAAUGAUGGUUA